AUGAAGACUGAACCUCACUACUGCAACGUCGAUGAUCUACGCCCUCGUGCUGAGGAACUGACACGUAUUCGCCGUCAUAUUCACCAGCAUCCAGAAAUGGCCUACGAGGAGUUUCAAACCGCCAAACUCGUUGCAGAGAGCUUACGGGCCUGGGGGUUCAGCGUAACCGAAGGCGUUGGGGAGACCGGCGUGGUAGGCAGCCUGACGGUAGGCACCGGCAAGAGCAUUGGCAUACGAGCGGACAUGGAUGCUCUGCCAUUGACCGAGCAGACCGGCUUGCCUUACGCCAGUGUCUAUCAGGGAAAGAUGCAUGCCUGCGGCCACGACGGCCAUACCACCAUGCUGCUUGGGGCGGCUGAAUAUCUGGCGCGCACACGAAACUUCUGCGGAACGGUGCACCUCUAUUUUCAACCCGCCGAGGAGAAGGGCUUCGAUAGCGGUGCGCAACGCAUGGUAAAUGAUGGCUUGUUCGAACGUUUUCCCUGUGAUGCCGUAUUCGGAAUGCACAACCAUCCGGGCGAGGCUCCAGGCACCUUCUUAUUUAGAAGCGGACCGUUCAUGUCGGCCAGCGACAAGGUCGCGAUUACCAUUAAUGGUCUCGGAGGGCAUGCGGCUCGCCCACAUCUUACAGUGGACCCGGUGGUGGUAGCGUCUAGCAUUGUCAUGUCACUUCAGACCAUUGUUGCGCGCAAUAUCAACCCUGUCGAACCCGCCGUAGUAACGGUCGGUCUGCUUCAGGCGGGUGUUGCUAAUAAUGUGAUUUCUAACAGUGCCUACCUUGAGCUGAGCAUCCGCUCGUUCAGCAAGCUGGUACGUAGUCAACUGAAAGAGCGCAUCGAAGCACUGAUCCAUGCCCAGGCAAACAGUUAUGGAGCAACGGCCACAAUCGACUAUAUGGCGGGUUACCCGGUGAUCGACAACAACCGAGCGCAAACCGAAUUUGCUCUGCAAGUAGCACGGGAACUAGUGGGUGAUGAGCAUGUGAUUGCUCAUGCCGAUCAGCUUAUGUCCAGCGAGGACUUCGCUUACAUGCUUGAGCAGCGGCCAGGUUGUUUUUUACGCUUGGGCAAUGGCGUUGGAGAAGAUGGUUGUAUGGUUCAUAACCCGGCCUACGAUUUUAAUGAUAAAAACUUACCAAUCGGUGCUGCCUACUGGGCGCGCUUGGUCGAGCGGUAUCUAAGC